UUUUAUUACUGCGGGACCGCGUCCCACGAGAAGAAAAAAAACAAAAAACAAAAACCAAGGUUUUUCUUCUUUUUUUUUUAUCCUUUCUUGAGAAUGGCUUCCUCACCGCUGCUCCGAUCCGCCGGCGGCGUGCUCCGGCGGUCGAUCCAUGGAGCGCGGGAGCAAUCCAGCCUCUUCUUCUUCCCCACCGCCACCGAUUUGGCUGGGAGGAGACAAUCCGUCUACAAGCAGGCGGCGUUCCCCUCCUCCUCCUUCGCCCGGCCAUCGCUCGCGGUCGCGGACCACCCGCGGCGCCUCUUCAGCUCCUCCGGUUGCAGCGGGAGGACGGAGCCCGCUGAGAAACUUUUAUCAAUGGAUGAGUUUUUGGAGCACAGAAGGCAAUUCGGGAAGAACGGGGAGGAGGAUACUUUUAGAGAUGCAGAAAUUUCAGAACAUGAAAAGCGGGAGGAGAAGCUCCUUCGUAAAAGAUUGUCAUCUACUGUCAAAAAGUUGUCCCGUUGCUUACACGAGAAGAAGCCUCUAAUUCUAGAAAUUGGAGUUCAAAUAGAAAACAAUAAUAAGUGCGUAGACCUCACUGUUUUGGAUAUGCUUUUUUUUGCUACUCUUCCUAAUCAUGUUUCUUGUAUGUAUGAUCAAGUUAAAUACUUUCUGGUGUUAAUCCCUAGCUUCGUUUCUAUCGGUCUUAUUCUUGAUAAACUCCAUGUGUUUGGUUGACUCCAAAAAGAAGGGCAACUUCCAACGUAACUCUUAUUCAAGUGUAAACCCAUUUUUAUAUUUUGGUCA